UACAAGCGUGGCAUCUGACUACGACGACGUGGCUAACUUUAUUGCAAUAUAUACCGUCUUUUUGUGUCCAUCUGAUAUCAGGUGGCUAACCUUUUAUUCUAAAAGGGUCAGUCACACCAUGCUCAAAAUAAACCAUUGUCAUCCUAAUAUUUGUUCUAAUAGAGUAUAGGAUUCAUUAUCCGAUUGACCGUUUCUUUUCUUCUUCCUCAAGUCGAGUAUCUAUUCGUACUUCCAACCCCUCCCUUCCCCUGGCCGCGGUAGCAAGGAAGCGCUUCGUUUGAAGGAUUGCUCGUCCGCUAUGCUACAAUCAUAAUCUCUACCCACCGCCAACCAUACUCCACCUCAGGCGAUAGCACCUCGCAUCCUCACCAAUUGAUUGUGGCCACGGCCAUCCCCUCUAGCUCUGUCGGACUCCGAUGACCUUAGCUCCCAACCUAAUCUCCCCGGGAGUUAGAGAAGAAGCUCCAUGGUAGAAGACGCCGUCUUGGAGAAAAAAAGAUACGGGUGCCAGUGCCACCCUCCAAAGUUGCACAACAACAAACUCUCCGGCCACGCACGCAAAUCGCAUUCGAGGCCGUUCGGCAAACUGGUCAGCACGGAGCUCAUGAGGCGUGGCAUUGACGGCGUUCUCUGCUCGCGGCCGUGUCCCAGGGAUCGGAGGCUCGCUGCCGUGCCCGCACCAGUCAGUGCCCUCGACCCUCUUGCCGGCUUUGGCGCUCCCUGCCGUUCUGCCACCAGCGUCCUGUAAACCUCGGCGCCGCCUCGACCUCUUUUCUCCUAAAUCCAGCGGUCGAACCCUCCAUCUCAUCUCCCAGAUUGUCAAACCCCAAACUGCUAAAUUCCAACCACGGUCUCCUCUCUCUCGGUCUCUCCCCCCGGUUGGGUGCCUGCCCGGCAUGGAGGUCCCCGCGCCUGAUCCCGCCAGGAAGCGGAAGGACAGGGACGCCGCGUCCCCACCCGAGCCGGCCGCCGCCCCAGGCGGCGACGGCGGCAACUUGCUCCUGGCCGGGCUCCUCGCGCACGAGUUCCUCUCGUCCGGCACGGUCCUCGGCGAGCCGCGCGGGCCCGGGACGGAGGCGGCGAGUGCGACGGGCGGGGCCGCGCGGUACGAGGCCGUGGCCGCGCUGGUGCUGCGCGGCGGGGCCCGCGUCCGCGUGCCGGGGGUGGUGAACCCCUCGCAGCUCGCCGCGUGGACCGGGAGGUGAGCGCCGAGGAGGCGGAGGCGGCGCGCCGGCUGCGGGGGGGCCACGUGGCGCGUGGAGAUCGGGGGGAAGCAGGAGCAUGUCUUCCUCGACCACCUCUGCCGGCAUCUUGUUGCGAGCCGUGCUGAACUGCUGAUGUACUGAUGUAGCAGCUAUGGUUUUACCACUGCACUUUGCAAACUGUGGGAUUUUGUAA